AUGGACGUGCUCACGACGAUUCUGAGAGUGAGCCGGCCGCCGGGCUGGUGCUUCGGUCCGAUUCUGUACGCCAUCGGGGCCAUCCACGGCAGAGGCCCGGUGCGAGGCUAUGGGCCGCUCUUGCUGCAGCUCCUCUCGCUCUCGUUUCCCUUGGCUUUGGUGGUAUUUGGGGUCAACGAUGUGUACGACUACGACACCGACCUCCUCAACCCACGCAAGACCGCAGACGGCCUCGAGGGCACCGUCCUCUCGCCCGCCUACCACACCCCCGUCCUUGUCUCCGCCGCUCUCGCGUCCCUUUUGAUCAUGUACUGUUCCGCCCUAACCCGCACCUCACAAAACCUCCUUACAACGCUCCUCCUACUCGCCCUCUCCUGGUCAUACUCCACCCCACCCCUCCGCCUCAAGGAGCGCCCCAUCCUCGAUUCGCUCUCGAACGGCCUCAUCGUGAUCCUCGCCUACCUCUCUGGAUACACCGCGCGCGGGGGACGCCUCCUGCGCCCCCCAGCCAAAGGUCUCGUCCUCGGGCUCUGCACCGCCGGGGUACACGCCCUGGGCGCCGCCGUCGACGCGCGCGCGGACGCAGCCGCCGGCCAGCGCACCAUCGCGACCGUGUUUGGCGCGGACGGCGCCGUCGCCUUCGCCGCGCUCAGCUACUUCGUGGCGCUGUGCGCGGAAGGCAGCUUCACGUCCAUCUUUGGGGUGUACCUCCUGGGGGGCCUGGGCGUGACGCUGUUAGCGUUCCUCGACUUGGAUCGGGCCCACCUCGCAUUUCGUCUCGUUGUUUAUUGGACGGUUGGUAUGUCCUCGGUGUGGUUCGCGGACAAGGUGCUGGCGAAGGCGCGGGAGCUCAGCGGCUUCGAUGAGGAGCACGAGGAGUUGGGGGCGCGAUACCAGCUCUAGCCCUCGCUCGCGCGAGUGCUCUGCACCCCCACGUUCAGGCGACAACACAUCCUCGAGAGUCCGCCGCACCGCAACCGCGUGGUUCUUCCUCCCCAUCCGACUGAUGAACAGCCUGCCUGUGCACAUCCCCUUCAUCCCAUCCCACGCUGGCGAUGUGGAACUCAACGGAUGCGAUUGCACGCUAUUGACUGUCCAUACAUUGCAUGGGUCCGUGCCUGAUACAUGGCGCUCCACUACGCAAAACCGCGAAACCGGCGAGCCGAGGUGAUCACACUGCUCUGCUCAUGAAGCUUGAAGAAUGACAGAACGCUGCUCCGCGGGUUGCAAUCCGAGGUGGGCGACGAGGAUGCUUCGCGAAGACGGACGCAGGAUGCGCUGUAGCACGGAUCCUUACUUGGCUGUAUGUACGAGUCCUGUAGCACAUACUCAUUCAUCUUACCCGAUAAUUUGAAGUAGACAUUCGCCCG